UUCCGUAAGUAUAAAACUGAGCUAUAUUAGUGGCAAGCAUCCUCACACAGAGCCUGCUCUCCAAGAUAGAUCAGCCAUAGAAAUGUCUAACUGGGGAGUAACAAACACAGAUAAUCAAACCCUCCAAUAUUGCUUUCCAAACAACAAUUUGUCUUGUACCAGAAGUCUCCGACCUGAAGCGGAAUACAUUUUUGUGUACAUUUUCAUUGCUGUAACAUCAGUGUUCACCGUGUUUCUGAACCUGUUGGUGAUCAUCUCCAUCUCGCACUUCAAACAGCUUCACACUCCCACCAAUGUGCUGAUCCUCUCUCUGGCAGUGGCUGAUCUGAUUGCAGGACUGAUUCUCAUGCCAGUGCAGGGAAUGAAACUGAUUGAGUCAUGCUGGUACUUUGGAGAAAUAUUUUGCUCUAUAUUUCCUCUUAUUCUUUAUGUGGUUCUCAUAGCAUCUCUUGGUAAUAUGAUUAUUAUAUCUGUGGAUCGAUACAUUGCUGUGAAUGACCCUUUGCGAUAUCCAAUGAAGGUCAAUAAUAACAGAGUUGUUGUUUCAAUUGUUGUGAACUGGUUAUUCUCCUUCUUAUAUAAUGUUUAUAUGUUGUAUGAGUAUUUAUUGUAUCCAGAGAGAAACCACACAUGUAUUGGAGAAUGCAUAAUUUCUUUUACAUUGGAAAAUAUAAUACUAGAUCAUUUUGUUUGUUUAGUGGCACCUUGCUGUAUAAUUAUUCCUUUAUAUGUGAAAAUCUGCUUUGUAGCAAACUAUCAAGCAAAGCAUUUAAAUUCAGUCACAGACAAAAAGGCCAGAUCAGAAAAAAAGGCUGCAAGAACCUUAGGGAUUGUAGUACUGGUUUAUCUUCUUUGCUGGAUGCCAUACUAUUUCACUUCUCUUUCUGUUGAGUAUGAGAAAAAUGACUCUCUUAUAAUUAAUGUAAUGGACUGGAUUGUGUGCAUGAAUUCCUGUAUGAAUCCACUUAUAUAUGCAAUGUUUUAUCGAUGGUUCAGACUGUCAGCAAAAUACAUUUUGACAAAGAAAAUAUUUGAACCUUCAUCAGCAUACAUAAAUCUGUUCCUUAAAUAGAAAUGAUCACACUCUCAUGCAAAUGUAAAUGAGAUAAUGUGUCUUCAUUUGAAAUAAAACUUCUUUAUAGAAAAUUAGAUGGCAUGUAACAGCUGUGGGGUUUUUUUAUUUAUUUUUAUUAUGAUCACAUUUGUGAGUGACACUAUCUGCUCCAUUGGCUCUGUUUGAAUGAAAAAGAACAGCAAAACUGUAGGAUUGAUGCUUGGAAGAAAGAUGUUAAAAGAAAAUGUAACAUAUUGGUCACGCUAAGGUAGUUAUUACAAAGAAAAUCUUUAGUUUAAAUUAAAGAAAUGCACUUUAUUAGAAGAAAGCAAGGUAUGAUAUAUUUUGAUGCAUGGCCAUGGUAACUGCACUUACAGUAAAACAUCUGAGACAAAUUUCACAACAUGUGCUUAAAUUGAUGAUGGACAAGAGUGAUGUUUAAUCAUUAUAAUGACAAUUAUUAUUGAGCUCUUCAUAUCUCCUGAUUUCUGCCUUUUUUUGCCUUAUAAAAAAGAAUGAACCAAUUAACCAGUAUGACAUUCAAUUAGUAAUACACUGAUUUUGUAUUUCUACAGUGUGUUAAGCUUGUACAGUUUUAAAAUGCAUUUACUUCAAGUUUAAGUUUACAAUAUGUAUGGCAUUAAUUUAAAGUAUAUUUAAUUUUAAACUUGCAUAAAUUUGCAGAAACUUGCAUAAAUAUAGUUUACUUUGAUGUGUAAUGCAUUCAGUUCCUGAAUAAUAAAAAUAUAUAUUGGAAUAAUAUUUUCAGUUUUAUUUUAUAAAUUUAUUAGGGGAAAGAUGUUAUGAUUCAUUAACAGUGUCAAACAAUCCAAAAUGUGACCCACAAAAUGAAUUAUGAAGACUAAGUUUCACAAGAUGGCUGAUCAGGAUUGUGUGGAGGAUUACCUGGAACUCUAUCAUGAGGCGUGCUGGAUAAUAAAGGCAAGCCUACAAACUUCAAAGAAUCCGGCAAGAUCUUUAGUAUGCAUUGUCAG